CCAUCACCAACUACACCGGUUACGUUACUCUUUUGGUUGAGGUCAUGUUUUAAAUUCCUCCACAUUUAUUGUGCUCAAAAAAACAACUAACAUCCUUCAGAAUUGUAAUUUUGCCACUAGCCCCCAUCCAUAUAUCCUUCAACUUGAAGCUUACCAAGGAGUUUGUCUCAAAUUUUCAUCUCUCUAUAUAGUUCCCAUAACUUUUCCCUUACAUAUCCUCCUCUUUGUCUAAUAAAAACAACCCUUACAACUUCAAUCCCCAUAGAUCAAAAUCCAACUUUUCUUUCAAAACUAAAAAAGUAUGCACAGAAAACCCGCCAAUAUACUAAACACAUAACCCCUUUAUUUCUUCAUGGACGAUUAUUGGAAAGAAUUGCAAGGCAAAAGACUUCACGAUCCUCUCACCAAAAAUCAAGUCAGCCCAAUUCCACAAAUUUUGGUUCAAGGGCCUCUCAUCGUUGGUGCCGGACCGUCGGGCUUAGCGGUCGCAGCAUGUCUAAAGCAAAAGGGUAUCCAAAGUUUGAUCCUUGAAAGAGCCGAAUGUAUAGCUUCAUUAUGGCAGUUCAAGACAUAUGACCGUCUUCGCUUGCAUCUUCCAAAGCCAUUUUGUCAGCUCCCAUUCAUGCCUUUCCCUUCACAUUUCCCCACUUACCCAACAAAGCAACAAUUUUUAAGCUAUUUGAAAGCCUAUGCUGAUUAUUUUAAGUUGAAGACGGUGUUUAAUAGCACAGUUAUAAGGGCAGAGUGGGAUGAGAGAUGUGGGUUUUGGAAAGUGAAAUCAGUUAAAGACCAAAAGGUUAUUGUUGAGUAUUUUUGUAAGUGGUUGAUUGUGGCAACGGGUGAAAAUGCUGAAGAGAUUAUUCCUCAAAUUGAAGGGUUAGAGAUAUUUGAAGGCCCUGUUGUUCAUACUAGCUCUUAUAAGACAGGUGAAGUGUUUCAUGGGAAGAAAGUUUUGGUUAUUGGUUGUGGUAAUUCUGGAAUGGAAGUUUGUCUUGAUUUAUGUAACUUCAACGCGUCCCCUCACCUCGUCGUUCGCAAUUCGGUGCACAUUCUACCUCAUGAGAUAUUGGGAAGAUCAACAUUUGGGUUGUCCAUGUGCUUGCUCAGAUGGCUUCCCAUGCGUAUAGUGGAUCAAUUUCUUCUUCUUGUUUCACGUUUGAUGUUAGGAGAUACAUCUAAAUUGGGGCUUCAUCGUCCAAAACUUGGCCCUUUACAGCUCAAGAAUCUGUCUGGAAAAACGCCUGUUUUAGAUGUUGGCACUUUUGCAAAAAUCAAAACCGGCAAGAUUAAGGUUCGUCGAGGAGUGACAAGACUAACCCGCCAUGCCGCUGAGUUCGUUGAUGGCAGCCUCGAAAAUUUUGAUGCUGUCAUUUUGGCCACUGGUUAUAAAAGUAAUGUACCCUCUUGGCUAAAGGAAAGGCAUAUGUUUGAUGAGAAAGAUGGAAUGCCAAGGAAGGAAUUUCCAAAUGGAUGGAAAGGUGAAUGUGGACUAUAUGCAGUUGGGUUCACAAAGAGAGGGCUACUUGGAGCUUCAAUGGAUGCAAAAAGAAUAGCUGAAGAUAUUGAACUUUGUUUGGAAAAUUAAAGCUGAUAAGAAUUUGGCUUUAAUUUUAUAAAAUGCCCCUUCACUUACUCUUCUGUAUUGCCUCAAUCAUCACUCCAAACCCACCAUUAAAGCAACCCCUUUUUAGUUUACAAAUACAAAAGUCAUGCACUUUCAUUCUUACUUUUGUCACUUGUGGGGUUGGAAAAAAAAAAAAAAAAAAACACUAUAUACAAUCUCUCCCAAAGUUACACAAUUCAUUGAAAAAUAUCUUUCAUGGGAAAAAAAAUUGGUUUAGACAGUCACCUUUCUUAA